GAAAUUCUGAUUGCAACAUUUGAAGAUAGGGUUCAUGUGUAUGAUCUAUAUGGUCGUGUGGUUGCAUUCUCCUUUAUAGCUAUAAACUUUUUUUUUUUUCCCUUCCAAUUAAGUUUUUGUCUUUUUGAUUUUAAUAAUUUCUUUUUCUUUCAGGAAGUCACGUGAAUGUCUUAGGCCACAGGCCAGCCAUUGUUAAUAGCUUUAUGGUGCCCCCCCUCCUUUCUUCAACCCCUUUAUAAGCCUUUUUCCACUCUACUCAUUAGGCCCUUUUUAGAUCAAUCGAUCCUUUCUUCUGAAUUCACUUUCCCCCAAAAGCUUUCCAUCUAGAAUCAGAACUUCUAAUUUUAUCAUCUCUUUAGCUGCUUGUUGUCUUCCUUUUUGAAUCAUAUACACAGUAGAGCAAUUUAUUUUGUCUUUCUUUGAUCUUGAUUUUUGUUUUUUUGUUUUUUUCAAUUUCCCAAACCCAAUGAUUCCGAACUUCAUGAACUCACAAGCUCCUUCUCCAUUUCCUGUUGAUCAUGAUCAUCAGUUCUUCUUCCCAAGUAAUUAUCAACCAGCUGCAGCAGCUUCAUCAUCUUCUUCUUCUGCUCAUGUUUCUUAUUCUGUAUUCUUCACUUCGCCUCAUCAGCCUCAGGAUCAUCCUCAACAACCCGAAUAUAGUCGUUUUGAAAUGCAUCCGGAUCAACAGCCUCAACAAGAGGAUGUAAACCAUGCUUCAUACGCGGGAUCACAAGAUUUAGGUGAUCAGAAGAAGCCUAAUAAAGGUAUAAAGAUUACCCUUUGGAAGAAUGAGGAAAGUCAUAAUCAAAAUGGUGGUGAUGAUCAGGAGAAUCCAGCAAUGAAGUGGAUGUCUUCAAAGAUGAGGGUGAUGCAAAAGAUGAAGAAGUCUGAAGAUCAUCAUCAUCACCAUCAUCAGAAACACCCAACAUCUUCACCUGAAGAAACUGAUCACUUCAGCAGCAACAGUAACUCCUCAAACAACAGUAACACCAGUACCACUCCAUUUAGGGUUUGUGCUGAUUGCAACACAACCAAAACCCCACUCUGGAGAAGUGGACCUAAAGGCCCCAAGUCGCUCUGUAACGCUUGUGGGAUCCGACAAAGAAAGGCGAGGAGGGCCAUGGCGGCGGCUGCAGCGGCUGCAAACGGCGCAACCCAACAAAUGGAGACCAAUAAGACAUCAUCACUGAAGAUCAAAGUGCAAACCAAAGAAAAAUCGAAGAAUAAUACUAAUGGGCUGAUGACUACUACUCCAUUCAAGAAGCGGUCCAAAAUGCUCACAGCAGCAGCUGGAAUAACAACAACAUCAUCUCCUCAUCAUGCACAGCAACAACAGAAGAAGAAGACUAAUAACGUUUUCGAGGAUUUCUUACUCAACUUGAGUAACAAUUUAGCCUUUCAUCAUGUGUUUCCGCAAGAUGAGAAAGAAGCUGCAAUCCUUCUGAUGGCCUUAUCCUGUAAUUUGGUUCAUGGUUGAUCAACCAAAUUCCCUUGGGUCCCAUUCCCAUAUCAUCGUACGUACGUUUUGGUCAGUUAAUUUUGUUAUGUUCUUCAGAUAUGGUGUUUUUUCCCCCUUCCCCCCCACAUACCAUUAAUUAUUUAGCCUUUUGUUAGACGAUUAGUAGAAAGAUUCAUGAGUGAGAGUGACCUAGCUAGCUCUAGAAAAUAAGAUUAGUUUUUAUUGCAUUACUCAAUUAAGGAGUAGUACGAUAAUAAGUUAAAUUUGUGUGAUGAGUGUUUUCCUUUUUCUCUCCCUUUUGUUGUUAAAGAAGUAGUGGUGUGAUACAAUUUGAUCGAACAGGUUGAUAACCAAAAUGUGGAUCUCUUGUUCUUGAUCUAUAUCUAUGUGUGCUGUCAGUUUUAAUGAAGCAUUCAAAUUAUAAUUUUCAGUUAUGCAUCCAACUUCCUUAAUAUUGUGUCCAUGAAAAGAGAC